AUGUUGUUAAUUAUUAUUUAUUCUUCUGUUUUGGAUUGUAUUGGUGGUAGCAAUGUUAUAGCAAUUGAAUUAGCAACAACAGAUUUAUUUUUUGUGUCACAUUUUUCAAAAGAACCCUUUCCAAUAUCAAUUAUAAAUCGUAAUGAUAUAUUAUAUUCAGUUGAUCCAAACGAUGAUCUACUCUUUGUUACGAUUUCAUCAGAUUCUAAACAAUGUAAGGAAAUAUGUAAUAAAGUUCUUCGAGGCAUUAUUACUGGAUUACCUACUGGAUGGCAAUGUGAACAAAAAGGUGUUUUAAUGUGCAUUGAAGACAAAAUUCAACAUGAAUGGAUACGUGAAGGACCAGAAAAAAAAACAAAAGAUACCGCACGAACAGCUAUUGAACAUUUUUAUAAGGAUUAA